AUGCGCUUUCCAGCGACUUCACGCAUCGACAAGGCGACGCUUCACCGUCUGUGGACCUCGUUGCCCCAUGAGCAGCUGGACAAGAACUUCUGGGUGGCGCUGGAGGCCUUCUGUGAGCCGUUCCUGGACUCGUGCUCUCCCUUCAAUCACCAAACCUUCUUCUCGGUUCCCCGGACGGGCCGCAUCUUGCGGGAAGAGCUCACGCUGGUGGACCCAGCUAUUGUGAAGGCGUGCAAUGAGCAGCGUCCUUUCUAUAACGCCUUCACUCUCUGGAACCCGCUCGCGCUGGCGGCGCUGUUCAAAGUGCCGAUCGAGGUGGUGACGGCGCAGCUGCUCCUCGCUGUGCAGCAGUCGUGGAUGUCCGUCUACUUUGUCAUCACAUGCCGGUCGUGCGGCUGCGACGUUGCGCGCUUCCGCUCCGUCAACGACAUCUCCUUCGUUGGCACAUUUCACUCGACGAACGCAUUUCGCUGCCCGAUGUGCACCGAUCGCACGGAGGUGAAGGAGCUGAAGAACGUCGCCGUGUUCUUCCAGAUGGAACGGCUGCCUGCGCUCUUUCAGCGUCAGCACCACCGCCUUUACUACACCGAAGAGGCGGGUCGGCGACGUCUGGAGUCUUUCUUCUGCCCAGCGCAGGCCUCUUUCGCGUUCACGGCACAUCUGCCAGAUGGACGCUACCUCCUGUCAGCACCGUUUUGUGGCGCCUUUGUUGAGUUCUCGGUGGCCCUCUCAGCGCAGGUGAUUGGCGAAAAGGUCCCCUAUCUGUCGCAUAUUGUAGACUUGAAGGCCUACAUUCGUUCUCAGAACAGCUCUGCGGACCCCUUCGGGCAGCCCAUCAAGCGCUGCAGCACCACCACUAUCCCCGCGCUGCCGCGUCGCGGGAUGAGGGCUAGUCCGGUCAACGAUGCGCUGCAUUGCGUGUCUAGCGGAUGCAUCUCGCAGUUUUCCCUCUCGGAUGCGAUUCAGCCCGAGGAGGCCGCCAGUUCUGUCACUGGCUUCGGGGCCGAGAACACCGAGCAGAUCACACCCAUCUCAGUGGUCAGCUUAAAGCACGGCAAGGUGCAGUUCCGGGUUUACAAUGACACUCCCCAUAGCGGGUUUCUCGACUUAUUCGUUGCUUUCGACACGCGCAUCGAGUUUUCCGCCAACCCGUACCCGCAACUUUUCCACGUUCCACACUUUAUGCACUGCCUGCCGCGUGGCAUGCGCUCCUCUUUCUUCACCGAGUGCAUUCCGAGGCCGCCGUCGACGACACCGACGACCGGCGCAUAUGUGCGCCACCAGUUUGCCUUGCGCCGCGAGCAGGCCGACGACCCGAACAUCAUUUCGGUGCUGCGCGAGGUGCACCGGUACUCUCUCGAGGACCACUAUGGCCUGCUCAUCGGCGUCGGCGACGGUGGCGCCUCUUUUGAGAGUACGUUUCUCUCUACCACAGCUGCAUUGGCGAGCAGCAUCUGCUUCUUCCAGCGUGUGCUAACGCGCCUAGGCGAACCGGUCGCGCUCGCCAUGCGGUGCAGCGUCACAGAGGGCCCGCUGAAGAUCGCCGCCUACCAAGGCCAGUACAACGACACUGACAAUACCCGAUCAAGCUACCCAGGCGCGCAAUUUGUCGGCUCCGUCGUCUAUGCGAGCAACCACCCGCCCAUCACCGGCCCGUACCUGUACUGCUCGGAGGUCGAGCCACCUAAAACCGCAGUCGUUGAGACCACCGACGAUGGAACGGGCAAGAAGGUUGUGGCGAGGCGGCUGGGCUUGCUGGACAAGUACCGUAGCCCUGCAUGGCUUCACGACGAAGACAGCUCGUACUACGACCUCCGUGGUCCCUACGGCAGCCAUGCCACCAACAAGAAGGUAGCCGGCGAGUCUUCGCAGCAGGAGCAGCAGUUUCUAAUUCGUUUCGAGGUGCGCUGUGUGCCGUCGAUGAUCGACGACGAGACGGAGAUGUCGCCACGCCGCGCUUCGGCCUGCCCUCGUUUGACGCUACAGGAGGACGGCAGCGACUCGACAGACGUCAUAUUGCCGUAUUUUUUGGAGUUCUUGCGCGAGCACUUCGAGGGGGCAUCCGUGAAGGAGGAGGCGCACGCCCUCGUGGUGCAGAUACCGCUACCCAUGAUCUAUGCUGCCUUGCAGAUAUCCAAGAUUCUGGACAAGAAUGCUUACACCAAGGAGCUACGGGGUCCCUUCUAG